UUAUUUCUAUUUCUUUCUUUUCUUUUUCAUCAGGAAUACUUUAUUAUGUUUACAUGGGGAUGUUGGCCGUGUUCUGCACAAAUGCAAUCAAUAUUUUGUCAGGGAUCAAUGGUGUUGAAGCAGGACAGUCAUUAAUCAUUGCCGUCUCUAUCCUGGUGUUUAACUUUAUUGAGCUGCAAGGAACAUGUUGCUGGCAGGCUCAUCUAUUCUCUGCAUACUUCAUGAUGCCUUUCAUUGCAGCAUGUUCAGCAUUACUCUACUAUAACUGGUAUCCCUCCGAAGUGUUUGUAGGGGACACAUUCUGCUACUUUGCAGGCAUGACAUUUGCAGUGGUUGGGAUUUUAGGACACUUCAGUAAAACAAUGCUACUGUUCUUUAUUCCACAAGUCAUCAACUUUAUCUACUCCACACCUCAACUAUUUCGCUUCAUUCCUUGUCCAAGACAUCGAUUACCAAAGUUUAACCCAGAAACUGGCUUCAUUGGAAUGAGUUACACAACAUUCAAAACUUCUGACCUCCGUCCACUUGGCAAACUUUUUCUGUCAUUGUUCAGUCAUCUAAAAUUAGUUCAUGUGGAAAUGGGAGUGGGAGAGGAUAAGGAAUCAACUCGUGUCAAUAACUUAACUUUGCUGAACUUUGUUCUCAAAAUACUGGGCCCCUUACAUGAAAGAACAUUGACUUUGAUCAUUUUGGGAAUACAGGUUUGUGGCAGCAUGGUAGCCUUCAUUAUUCGUUAUCAUCUUGUGAGAUUUUUUUAUGAUGUAGAACAGCACUAGACUACAGAAAUGCAAUGGCUUUUUACAAACAAUUAUUGAUAUAAUACUGAAAGCAAACACAUGUAUACAUGUUCUUUUAUACAUUUUUACAAUAAUUCUUACUGUCAAUUUUUUUUUGUUUGUUUGUUACCAAUGAGGGUAUCAAGAACAAAAAAAUUAAUAUAUUUCAUUGAGUACAAUUGCAUUGUUUUUGAAAGAAUUGUCAACUUUUUAUGACCUGUACCUUUAUGAUGUUAUGAAAAUACUUUCACAACUAAGUGAAGCAAACUGCCUAUGAAAGUUUUUGUUCUACCAAUAUUCAGUAAAAACUGCUGAAAGGGAGAAUAAUUAUUAUUGUACACAACAUAGAAAUCUAUGUUUUAGUGAAAAUUAACUACUGUUAAAAAAAAGGGCUUUCAGAACUAUUGGUCUUUGUAAGAUGCUAGGUUUCAUCAAAGUUAUUGAAAACCAUGAAACAAAAAAGUGCUUAUUGAACUUUAUUUAAACCAGAAGAUGAAAGUUAACAAGGCUUGUGUUUGUCAGUAAAUUUGUAAUGAGGUACAUUGUCUGUCAUUCUGCAAGUUGUUGUUAUGGUGGUUUGGUUUUGUGGUCAAUAGGGGUCACUUCACUUUCAAGUGGACAGUGUUAUUAAUUUUGUAAAUUAAUGUCAAGUAAUAUAAUUAUAUACUUUAAGUUAGAAUUCAAUGAACAGCAAUGUUGAAUACUGAACAUUUAAUAACUAGAAAAAUAAUAAAUACAUUUUUUUA